AUGAAAGCACAAUGGCCUGCCUGGCAACCCCUUAACGUUCGAGCCGCGCCCUCCGCUGAGUUCUCAGUGGAUCGGACCAGACACCUCAUGUCCUUUCUGACCAUGCUGGGACCCUCUCCAGACUGGAACGUAGGUCUGUCUGCAGAGGACUUGUGCACCAAAGACUGUGGUUGGGUGCAGAAGAUGGUUCAGGAUCUGAUUCCAUGGGAUGCAGGCACUGACAGUGGGGUCUCAUAUGAGUCUCCCAACAAUCCUACAAUGCCCCAGGACAAGAUUCGUCCUCUAACCAGCCUCGAUCAUCCACAAAGCCCUUUCUAUGAUCCCGAGGGAGGCGCUAUCACUCCUGUGGCGAGAGUGGCAGUGGAAAGAAUUGCCAGAAAGGGCGAACAAUGUAACAUUGUACCAGACAAUGUGGAUGACAUUGUUGCAGAUAUUGCUCAGGAAGAAAAAGAAGAAGAUGAUACCCCGGAAACGUGUAUCUACUCAAACUGGUCUCCAUGGUCGGCAUGUAGUUCAGCCACAUGUGAGAAGGGAAAGAGGAUGAGACAGAGAAUGUUGAAGGCCCAGCUGGACCACAGCGUGCCCUGCCCACACACACAGGACUUUGAGCCUUGUAUGGGCCCUGGAUGCAGUGAUGAAGAUGCCUCCACCUGCAUGAUGUCAGAAUGGAUUACCUGGUCUCCAUGCAGCCUGUCAUGUGGGAUGGGUAUUCGGUCCCGGGAACGUUAUGUGAAACAGUUCCCAGACGAUGGCUCAGUCUGCAUCCUUCCCACCGAGGAGAACGAAAACUGCGUCGUCAACGAGGAAUGCUCUCCGAGCAGUUGCCUUGUGACUGAGUGGGCUGAAUGGGAACCUUGCAGUGCUACCUGUGGUCAUGGGAUGAGGCGCAAGGAGCGUUUUGUCACAUUGAAUCCUGCAGAUGGCUCCAUAUGUAACACUGAACUGUUGGAGAGGGAGAAGUGCAUGAUGCCAGAGUGCCAAAUCCUCUGGUUGUUGUUUUAUCGGUUGGUGAAUGUGACCCAGACUGAGCCGCAGCUGCCGCUGGGACGAUUUGAGCAAACAGCGUGUAAUUAA